CCGCGGAUGAGCCGCCGCGGAGCGCGGGCGGACGAUGGAACUCCACAUCCUGGAGCACCGGCUGCAAGUUGCCAGCGUCGCCAAGGAGAGUAUCCCGCUCUUCACCUACGGCCUCAUCAAACUUGCCUUCCUGUCUUCUAAGACCAGGUGCAAGUUCUUCAGUCUGACUGAGACGCCAGAAGAUUACACCAUCAUUGUUGACGAGGAGGGGUUCCUGGAGCUUCCCUCCUCGGAGCACCUGAGCGUGGCAGAUGCUACCUGGCUGGCCCUCAAUGUGGUGUCAGGUGGUGGCAGCUUCUCCAGCUCCCAGCCUAUCGGCGUGACCAAAAUUGCCAAGUCGGUUAUCGCUCCACUGGCUGACCAGAACAUCUCCGUGUUCAUGCUGUCCACCUACCAGACAGACUUCAUCUUGGUAACUGAGCAAGAUCUCACAGGGCCUGCAGCAGGGCCUCAGCUGACGGACCUCACCCCUCUUCCUGGGCCUCCACCUAGCCCACAGUGCUCCUCUUCUCCUGGCCUCAGCAUCCUUUGUCUUUGUGCUCUCACAGUCCAGAGGCCUGUCAUCCACCCACUGUCUAGCCCGAGCAACAGGUUCUGUGUCACCAGCCUGGACCCCGACACGCUGCCUGCCGUUGCCACACUCCUCAUGGACGUCAUGUUCUACUCUAAUGGGGUGAAGGACCCAAUGGCUGCCAGCGACGACUGUGGCCACAUCCGCUUCUUCUCCUUUUCCCUCAUCGAGGGCUACAUCUCCCUGGUGAUGGAUGUGCAGACCCAGCAGAGGUUUCCUAGUAAUUUGUUGUUCACGAGCGCAUCUGGAGAGCUCUGGAAGAUGGUGCGGAUUGGAGGACAGCCCCUGGGAUUUGAUGAGUGUGGCAUCGUGGCCCAGAUCUCCGAGCCCUUGGCUGCUGCAGACAUCCCUGCCUACUACAUCAGUACUUUCAAGUUUGACCACGCACUGGUACCAGAAGAAAACAUCAAUGGGGUCAUCAGCGCCCUGAAAGUCAGCCAAGCAGAGAAGCAUUAGAAGGGCCUCUUCCACUCCUCCCCAUCUGCCCCCCGGCCCCCACCCGAAGAUUCUUGCAGUAUUUCUCAACAGACUGGAAAAUUGGCUCCAGAGCCCCCAAAGAAGAGGCCUAGGAGACACCCCUAGUUGCUGACUCUAUCAGGCCUAGCGCUCAAGCCAAGGCCUCCCCAUACCCUCAUGCCUUUCCGGAGCCCGUAGACCCUCUAGAGAACCUCCUACCCCCACCCCCCCCAACCCCUGCUCCAGAAAAUGACGUCUGAGGCCCAGGGAGCUUGUGAGCUGACCCACCUCCUCACCCAGCCUCGCCCAUAGCUGGGGGCAGAUACUGAAGGAAGCUGGUGCCUCCUACAAGACACUGGGGUACCAAUUUGCAUGUCAUCGUGGGGGCGGACUGAGUGGGCCGAGUUCAUGGAUCCUGGGAAGGCCCCCACGAGGGCGUGAAGCUGGAUACUGUAGUUGCUGGUCUCUGGUUCCAUCAGCUCAGGGCUGGUUCCCGGAGUGGAGGCCAUUGGGCAGCCCAUAGGCAUAUGCUGGUGAGGCUCCAAUGGGGCAUAGGUGGGGCCCUAAGCCACCCAGAACCUCGCCUGCCAACCAUAGGGCCUGUGCCCCAACUCCCAGCAAGACUGCCAAGGGACCCUGUCCAGACCCUCCCCACCACAAGCACUCCUGGGGGUGGGGAGGGGGCGGUUCCCAGGAAACCCACCAGCCUGGGGCACGAGCUCCUAUCCCCUCUGCUUUCUCUGGACCCUACUCAGGCAGGUGGAGCCUCGGUUUCCCCCAAGUAGGGGCAUCUCCAGCAUUCUUGGCCUGGGGUUUCUUUGGUCACCCCGCCUCUCCAACAGUUGACUAGACCAGCACAGGGCUCCCCCGUCAUCCUGCCCCCUCCUUUGCCCCACUUUGGGGGACAUGAAAGGCCUCUGCCCCCAACUCACCUGCCCACCCACCCCUCAGUUCAGGGACAAUGACAUUCAUGAGUACUUGACCUGGGAGGCAGCUUAUCUGAGCCUUAAUAGAGAAAACCGUACCUUGUUUUAGUUUCUUAUUUAAUGUAUUUGUGCUCAGCUGCAGUUGGCAGCAGUUUCAGGAGACAGGGCCUACUGAAUUCUGUCAGGGGGCCCAGAGGCCCAGGGUUACUUGGCUGGUGCCCUGUGGCUCCAGGGACAAGGGAAGAGCUUUGGCCCUCUCUUUGAGCAGGACGCUGGGAGCAAAGAUCUAUUAGAAGAUAUGGGCCCCUGGGCCACCCUAGACAGGGCUGACCAGCCAGGCCCCACUGAUGGGUACCCAGGCAGCCUUGGUUCUAUCUGAGCAUCAGAGGGGUCUUGAGGGUCACAGGGAGGUAGCCAGCCAGGCUGAGGUGGCUUGUCCCCCUAGAGGCUACCUAGGGAGAAUGGGGUAAGCCCCCGUGCCUCCUCUCCAGCUCGGAAUGCUUUCUGAGUGUGCAGGACCCCCAGGGCCUGCUAUGGCCCAUGCCCUCCCGGUGCUCUCUGCAGCAGCUGACUUGUGCUGUCCCUGUGAAGCUCAGAGCAGAAGAGAUGUUUUCUUGAUCAGGUGAAGGGCUUGAAUGAACCCCCACCCCCAUAUCUGAGCUGUGUGGGACCCUUUGCGCCCUGGAAGCCCCCAGAUACAGGAGAUGUGCAUCUGGAUCCGUGCAGAUGCUCAAGGCCCAAGCACUGAUUAGCAACUCACAUUUUUUUUUUAAGUUAAUUCAUUUUGCACAAAACUCCAAAACAACCAAAACGUGUAACUUGUUCACUGGUUCUAAAAUGGGAGUGGCCAAGUGGGCAUGGCAUCUUUUGAAGCCCUGAGUCCUCUUUCUGCCCUUGGAAGGCCUUGAUUUUUUGUGGUGCACCUCUCCAGACCUCUUCCUGUCGGUUCCCCCUAAUAUGUCACUUUGCUUUUCCUCCCUGUCGAGCAAGCGUGUUGGCUCUGUGACCCCAGAAAUGCGUGCUCCCCAGGCCCCUAGGGCAUAUCUAUUGUACACACGUAUAAAUACCUGUGUUUUAUGUUGAUAUAGAUAUAUACUGUAAAUAGCAUAUAUACUUGAGCAAUAUAUAUGUUAAUAUAUACUGUGUGGGCACACACGUGUGUGCGCAGUACGUGGACACAGACCCCAUUGUGUGUGCACGUGUGUGUGGGCCUGAAGGUCUCCACCUGCUGUGUUUGCCGUGCACACGGGCACGUUUGAGCCACCGUAUAUUUUUAAUUCAAGUAUAUAGGCAAUACGAUUUUGAGAGAAGCCGGCCGGCUGCCUCAUCCCUGACUUGAGGGAAGGGAAAAACAAAACCAGCAGCCCAGGAGCUGAGCUCCAGUCAGGGGGUGUCAAGGGUCCCUCCCUCUCCUCCCCAGUCUCUCUUGAAAGCUGGAUUCAGCCCCUUCCCACACCCCUGUUUCCACAGACAAGGUCCCUGACACCCUGGUCGUAUUUUAGGUGGUGGCAGAGCAAAGGGAGGAGGAGUUAGAACCUCUUGCUUUUGAACAGAACGCCCCCACCCCAGUUGCUCUGCCCAAAGACCUGGGCCAGCAGGGCAGUCACCUCCAGCUCCACAUUUAGGUCUACUCUUCACCUGGCUGUUUUUACACUUGACUGCUUACCUGAUUUUUUUUUUUAAUUUUUUUUAUUUUUUUUGCCUGCAAGCUUAGAAACCUCAGGUUCUUUGCCCAGGUCUCCUGGGGGCUGCCCCGUCUAACUGACAAAAGGCAUGUGUAUGCCCUCAAUGUUGUGCCCAGGUAGAAGUUGGGACAGGGGCUCAGCUCUCAUCUCCAGCUGCCACCCAGGAAACGCCUCCCUGCAUUUUCCCAGUCCCUGUCCUCCUGCUGUGUGAAGAGGCCCACAGAGGCGGGCACAUUCCUCAGCCACUGUGAGUGCCUGGGUAGCAGAGUCGGUCAUUUGAUCUCCACAGCAAUUUGGAGGCAAGAGUGAGUGGUCUUCCCAGUGGCCAGCUGCCCUCUGCCAUCUGCAGGUUUUCUGGGUGUGGGGUCUCCAGACCACAGGCCCCACUUGGAAGGAGCACAUGCUCAGUGGGGCCAACAUGGCUGAGACCCAUCAGAGAAGUGGCUUGAGGACUCUGACCUGUCAGGGCUGAGGAUUUCUUAGCUCUGCCUCCUGGGGACGAAAACUGGGUUUUGGGGCAAGACUUCUGAGAGGCAAGGUGAGCAGGCAGGCCCUGUGUCUUUGCCUCUGUGCCACUCCUUGGGAAUAAAAGUUCAAACCAUCUUAACGCCAGCUUCACCCCUUGUCCACCCCACCCCCGUACACUACAGAGUGGGGAGAGUGAGGGAGGGCAUGCUGCGAACCCCCUUCUCCCUCCCCCAAGUGUAAAACCUGCCUCUUGGUUCCAUCCUCAACAUGGGCUUCCCUGGUUCCCAGGAAACCCCAUUCCCCCUCAGCCCCUAGUCCUGUCAGCAAAGAUGGGCAUUGCCAGCUUUGUACCUCCCUCUCCCCAGGGGUCUCCAGAGCCCCGAGAGAGGUGCUGCCCAUGCCACUGCCCUCAGCCCAGGGCACACGACCAAGCUGGAGAGGUAUGCAGACCUCCCCUCCCCAAGAUUCGGGGGUUGAGAGCCCCUGAGCACCAGCAUUCUCCCCCUCCCACCACCUCCAGGCCUAGUGGGCAGGGAGGGAGCCAGGUGACCCAGAGCUGCCCAGGUGGCUUCCCCCAUCAGGCAGUAUGGCCUCAGGAACCAGUGUGGUCUGAAGAUGCAUGGUCUGGUGGGGCUUGUCUCUGAGAUGACAGAAUGCCAUGGAGGUCUGAGACCAAGGCUCUGAGGAGCUAGAGAGGGCCAGGGCCCCGUUUAAAGCCAAGGGCACCAUUUGCCUGAUAAUCAAAGAUGAACCUGCCCACCCACCACCAGGUCCUCCUGGCUGGCAUUUCACGAGCAGACCUUUUAGGAGCCCCACAACCACCCUGGGCCACCUUUCUGAGCCUCUGGAUCUAGAUGUGGGGACAAGUAGGGCCCUUUCCAACCCCCAGCUAAGAGAGGGGACCUUGGGGAGCUCUCAGGUGACAGCAAAGCACUCCAGCCCUGUUACUGAGAAAUUAUUGAUGCCACCUCCUGAGUGAACUCUGGGUGGAGGUUAAGGAGAAAACACCCCCAAUAUAUCUGUGCCCACCAUAAGUCAGGGUUAGGGAGCAGCCAGUCACUGCUGUCACGGCCACCGAGAAAUGGAGCUGACAGUUGGCCUGAGAAAAGCUUAGGGGAGGAGGAUGGAGUCUCAGGCAGUGGAAAGACUGGCUUUUCAGGAUUCCUAGCUACUGUGCUAAAGAAGGGGCUAGGCGUGCAGCAGGCAAAAUCCCUGCAUUCAAAGAGGCUGCCUGGGAGGGGAGCCAACCAAGGUGGUGGGGACGAUGGUCACUCAGUGGAGGAAAGACUUGGAAAGAGGGGCCAAGGGUUUUGAGGAGAGUUGAGCCCUGAUGUAGCUGGAUACCUUUCUUACCAUCUCAGAGCCCAUUCCAGCAUUUUUCUUUCAUUUUCAAAUUAAAGGAAGCAAAAAGGACAAGCUACUUGCCUCUCAUACUCUGCGUAGACUGUGAGAGAAAGUCGCAGGGUGUGCUUUGGCCUUCAGCUUUGAUAUUCUGGCACUCCUAUGAAGCCUGUUCUCCUGGGAAGGUAAAGGACAGGAGCUGUUGGCUGAGGCAGCCUGCUGUCUUUGAGGCUGAUGGCACCAAGAGUGGCCUGGAGUAAAGGCAGUAGCCUGCAGCCUGGCUCAUGGUACCUGUGGACUGCUUGGUGGUAAGGGAGUUUAAGGGGAGGGGAGGCUGUGAGUUGGAAGUGCAGGGUGGCCCCUGCCCUGGGAGUCAGCACAGCGUUCUAUGCACACGGAUGUAAGAGCACAUGUGUGCAGAGUCCAAAUCUGAGCUAAGAGACUGGCUCAUUCAGUGUUUUGAGGCCUCAGUAGCAUUCGCACCCGGAAGCUACAUGUGGGGGCGGCAGGCCCUGAAUGAAGCUUUUGGCUGUAAGAUAGGGAUUGGGGCCACCCCAAGGGACUGCCCCGGCCCACUUGACUUUGUUAAAACUGCUCUGUGGUGGGGGCAGAGGUGUCCUUGGCAGCGGUUCUGUCCACACAACCAGCCUGGAGGACUAGAACUGCCGAGCCAACUUCAGAAACAGCUGGUCCUCAAGUCAUUGAGAGGGAUAAGCUCUGGGUGCCGGUGCCCCUCACUAGUGAGGCUCCUCCAGGAAGAGCAUCCAGCAAAGUCGGAGACCAGGGCUCUGGGGAGGGGAAGAUGAAAAACAGGCCAAAUUCAGGUCCCAAGACAGAGGCCAAGCUUGAUACGUAUUCUGUCCACUGCCUCAGUUUACCUUUUCAGGAAAUGGUCCAGGAAGAACUGAGCAGGGUUGGCUCCAAAACUGGGGUGGAGGACUCCUAACAAAAUCCCAAGCCCUCUUGCUCUAUGCCAAAAUCAUUUCCGUUAUCUUGAGAUGGGGGUGAGUGGAUGUCGGGUAUACAGUGGGGCUCCGAGGGACUUCUGCCCUGUCCAGGGCCUCAUCUUGGGGAGUCUGGCCCUUACCUGGCAUGCCCCAGGUUACCAGCAGAAGCAGUGGCACCUACACCUGUCCCAGGGUCUGGGUGAGGGGCAGAACUGGGCAGCCCUGUACCUGGGCUCCUCAUGCUUACUUUCUUUGUUGAAGAAACAAACACAAAACCUUCGAGAUUCAUGUACUGUAUGAUGGAGAGAAAAAAAUACUUAAUGUUCCCCAAAAAAGACAGUAUAUUUUGUACUUUGUAAAGUGUUAAUUAAAAUGGAGGAAAAAAAUGA